AUGGAUUCGAAAUUUGACGUUGUUAACGAGUCACUCUUGGAAGACCUUCUAAAAAACCACUUGGGCAGUGGCGCAAAAAUUACAACGGUUACAAGAAAAUCAAUUCCGGUAGGAGAAAAUUUUAACAGUGUCCUUCUCAGAAUUAGCAUUGGCUACUCCAUACCUACCAGCACGGAAGAGCAGAAAUUGUCGCUGGUCGCUAAAUGCCUACCCGAUGACGGCUUCUUAAUAAAGUUUUCGGAAGACAUGAAAUUCUUUAAACGAGAAAUGUUGAUGUAUAGCAGUACUUUACGGGAAAUGUACAGCUUUGGGUGUCUGGAGUGCGUUGCCCCAAAACCAUACGCCAUCUCCACGGACCCAAAACCCACAAUUUUGCUUGAGGAUUUGUCAACCCUCGAUUAUCGCACGGCAUCUCGUGAUGAGGGAUUAGAUCUCAACCACUGUCAUUUCGUGCUGGAUCGGUUGGCAGCGUUCCACGCCACGUCCGUUGUACUCCACGAGAAGAAUCCAAGAUCUAUGCAUGUAUUUGAUCAAGCACUAUUUGCUGAUGUGGAUGGUAUGAACGCUAUUAUGACUACCGGUUUUCGAGAACUCAUUAACACAUGCAAAAGAUGGCCAGAAUUGAAGAAGUUUACUUCCAAAUUGACGCCCCUUCAGGAAGGCUUCUUGGGUAAUCUGCUGGCGGCCAAUAAGCCUAGCACAAACUUCAACGUUUUAAACCAUGGAGAUUUCUGGAUCAACAACAUCAUGUUCUUGCACGAUUCAAAUGGUCACAUUGAGGAUGUUCGAUUUAUAGACUAUCAGGCCUUGUAUUAUUCAAGCCCAUCCAUUGAUUUACACUACUUUUUGGUCCUGGGACCGAAUUUCCAAACUAAGCACAAAGCUACCGAACUUUUACGUCAUUACCAUGAGAAACUGAUCCAUUAUUUACUCAAGUUGUCCGCAAAGACCGUCCCACCAAAAUGGGACGAGUUCUUCGAAGACUUUCGUUCGAGAGCGUUUUAUGGUGUGGUGACCGCAGCGGUCACUUUAGCAUUUAUGAAAGCGGGGAAUAGGCCAGAUUCAUGUAUCGACAGUUUUCUAAAUUCAGUAGGAGAAGAAGGUUUUCGAUAUUAUGCGUUCAAUAAUUCGGGUUACCUGAAAGAGUUGACAACUUUGUUUACGGUUUAUGAAAGCUUAGGCGUUUUUCAACAAAACAAUAUCUAACAGCAAUGCCACUGUCAAAAUGCUUAAUUGAUUAUUCAAUCGCUGUUUGCCGUUAGAUUAUGAACUGGUGACGAAUUUUUUCCAAAGACGAAAUAAAAACUUUUCAGAAAGUAUA